AUUUCUCUCUAUUUAACCUCUCACUGCCCCUUCCCUUUAUUUCCGCGUUUUCCCUCCUCUUCGAUCCUUCUUCAGAUCUCUCUCUUUCCCCACCUUCGCGCGCGCUCCAUUUUCAACUAUAGGUUUUUCUCCUCUCCGUCACACACUCCCAUCUUUUACAUCUUUCUUCCUAAAUUGGACCAAAAGUUUUUAUAUUUUUCAAACCAUUUUGGAUUAUAAAUUCUGUCCUUCUAUCAUUCAUUUCCAAACCUUCGAAACAGAAGGUUAAUUUCGAAACGCCCUUCUUCUCAUUGUGCUCGAGAAAUCCAAGAUUGCGAAUCAAUUGUGGAUCAAUGGCAGAUUCGUGCUCCGUCAGUAGCCCUAGAAGAAUAUUGAGUGUAUCAAAGAGACGAAAAGCUAGAGAUGAGAAAGGUCCUGGGUUUGGACUAUCAGGAGAGCAUGGCCCCAAACCUUCGGAAGUUUACGGCUUCGUCGGUUCAAUCUCAACCGUCGUUGCCACAGCUAUAUACUUGAUUUGGGCAUAUCUUCCUGAGUCUUUCCUUCAUUCCCUUGGAAUCUAUUACUAUCCUAGCAGGUACUGGGCUGUGGCGGUGCCAGUUUAUGUAAUGGUUUCAAUAGCAUUAGCAUUGAUGUUCUACAUUGGUCUUAACUUCUUGUCCACUCCAUCCCCAACUUCCUUUCAUAUCAUCUUUGAUGAAUUCAGUAAAGAGCCAUCUAUCUCUGCUUGUUCGGAACAAGAUCAGCCUAUCCAACCGAUAUCCGAUAUUGGUAUCAACAGAAUCAACGAGCUUAUGUUCAAUAAUAAGAAAUGAUAUUGGCAACUCUAAAGGAAAAUCCCUCUCGUAGCAUAUGGCGGGGUAAAAAGAAGAAAUUGAUAUUGCUAUGACGACUAUAAAUUAUGGGAUUGCUGAUCGUUUCAUGUUAGUUCUUCGAUAGAGAAUACUACAAAGAGGCGGGUAAUGGCCGUGUUUGGGAUCUUCCAAACAUUCAUUGAGUAACGUUGUUGUAGUAGUAAGUCCUAACCGAUUUUCCAUCAGAGUGCACCUUUUCGGAUGCUAUGAGGUCAGAAAGUUUCCAUUGAUGUCAUGUUUCUUUGGUCGCCUUCUUUUGUUCUUUGAUUCGAGUCAUCUGGGAAACCAACAUUUCAUGUACUCGUUCUUUCAACUGCAAAUAUUGCAAGUAAUUAGGAGCAUUCAAUCUUAGAAUAUUUUUACGAACCAAUUCUUUUUGUGUGAAGCAUUUUUACUAGGGGUGAAAAAAAACCAAUCCGAACCGAUUCGGUUUGGUUCGGGUUGGACCGGUUUGUAACAACAAUAUUAUCGAACCAAACCAAACCGAUUCAAUUCGGGUCGAGCUAAAAUUAACCGGUAAUUAGGUUAAAAAUUAACCGAUCGAUUCAAAUCUCAUUUCUUCAUUCUUCUUCUUCAUUUCUUCGUUCUUCCUUCUUCGUUUCUUCGUUCUUCCUUCUUCGUUUCUUCGUCUGCGCACUCUGCUCUGCUGCAUCAUUCGCCUUAACCGAUCGAUUCAAAUCUCAUUUCUUCAUUCUUCUUCUUCAUUUCUUCGUUCUUCCUUCUUCGUUUCUUCGUCUGCACACUCUGCUCUGCUGCAUCGUUCUUCCUUCUUCCUUCUUCAUUCGUCGUUUCGUCUUCGCCCCAACCCUUGAUUGUUCGUUAUUUCAUUUUUGCACUUUGCCUUUCCAUCGUCACUCGUCAGGUAGCAUUUUCAUUUUAGCACUUUGCCAUUCUGUGACUCGGUGGGUUUUUGUUGUUUAGAAUACUUUCCUCGAAUAACUUCACUAGGUUUUGGUUGGAAGAAAUUUUGGUUUAAUUUUGUUGAUGGGUUUUGAUCUUGUUGAUAUGGCCACUGAAAAAAAUGCCCAUUAUGUAUUUGUUCACCGGGUUUUAAUUGGUUGUCUUCCUGCACGUAAUAUUUCAAACCCAAAGUUUCCAUAGUAUUCUCAAUCUUAUAAAUUGUUUGAGAUAAGGUUUGAGAUUAUGAACAGUCCGAAUGAAUAAAUUGUUCGAGCAUUUGGGGUUUUGAGAUAAGACCAAAUUCGGUGGGAGUUUUGUGGGGAAGUUUUGGAAGACUGAGAGUAGUGCCCCAUCCUCUAAUUCUUCUAGUGGAAACAGAGAGAUGGGCGAUGGAAGAAGAAGAAGAAUAGGAGAUAAAGGAGGGAUCGUUAUAAUAUGUGGACUUAUUGAUCUACUAGUAUUGAGUCGGAUUCUCUAGGAAAACUGAGGGAUAAUUUACCCAUUUAUAUCUUAAGAGGUGACUUAUUGAUUUAUCCAUUUUUUAGAUUAUUUAUCAUGAAAUUUUUUUCUUUUCACAUUUUGGUUUCCAUUCUUCUCUUAUCCUAUUCUGAUUUGUAUAUUAAUACAUAAUUGUUAUAAUAUGUGGACUCUAAUUUCAUGU